AUGUCUGUCGAAGCUGCCGUAACAACGGUACACUGUAUACUCAUCAUUACAAAUAUUAUUGGAAACACUCUUGUUUGUGUCAUCAUAAUGAAAAAUAGAGAAGUGAGGAUUUCCAUGAAUUAUCUCCUGGUGAAUCUAACUGUGGCAGACAUAACUUUCGGGAUAUUUCUUACACCAAGGUUUAUUCUAAACCGUACUUUCACUCACCCAGAAGGGGCGGCUGGUAAAGCUUUAUGCAGAUUGCUGACAGGUGGAACACUAGGCUGGUUUGGAGGAGUUUCGUCGGCGUUUACCCUGGUAGUUAUUGCUGUUGAACGCUUCUACGCUGUAAUGUAUCCUCUUGGUAACAAAGGAAAUCUUACCAAGCGUAAACUCAAGGUGAUCAUACCUGGUUCUUGGAUCCUUUCACUUGUCUUCACCUUACCCUUAUUCCUGAUUACGAUUUAUGACAAGAAUAUCGAAAGCUGUGUGGAGAAUUUUCGUCGUAAGUGGAUGGCCAAGGCUUAUAGCUUGACUUGGCUUUUAGCCACAACUGCUCUUCCUUUGGUACUGAUGGUUGGCUUGUACUCAACGGUUGUGUACGCUUUGUGGUGCAAAAAUGAUGAAGACGAUGAAAUUACCCACCAACAAAAGGGUGUUAUGAAGGUGCGGAAGAGAGUCACUCUGAUGGUCAUAACUGUCAGCUCAAUCUUUGGAAUCUCUUGGGGCACAAGUUCAAUUACCUACGUCUUAAAACAUUUCACCACCCGAAACACUGGACACGUCGCCAUUUCCACCACAAUGGCUCUGCUCAAUUCAGCCGUAAAUCCGUUUCUUUAUGCUCUGUUUAACCAACCAUUCCGUGGUAAAGUCAAGAGAAUGUUGUGCAGUACCUUUCGUUCUGCAAACAGGAUUCAAGUUGCAAGGGAAACUGAGAGUAUUGAGGUCCCUAACAGAAUUAAUCAUACAGCCAUGCAACCUAACGAGGCCUGA